AUGGAUCUCGAUGGGGUAGAACAACCCGCAAACUCGUUUCAACGCCGCCAGGAACUUGGUCAGCGCCAACGCGCGCUCAAAGCUGAGAUCCAAUCGGUGGAGAGUAACAUAACAAAAUUGCAAGAGCUCAAAAGAACGCUCGGAACCGAGUUACAAAAGGUCGAAGACGAGCUAGAUGAUCUUGCCCAGCGAAGACUCACAGGCGCGACGACGGCAGACUUACAUGGCUUUUCGCGAGAAAAUGAAAGCUCGAAUAUGAAUGCGCGUAAUAGUCUGAGCGGACGCGCGGAUCAGCGUGGUAUCGAUUACUUCUCCAGUUUUGACUGGAGUGGGGAGCUCAAGAAGCGAAUGAAACGUGUCUUUGGGUUUGAUAGCUUUCGUUUGUGUCAAGAAGGAAUUUGUAACGCAUCUAUGGACAACAGAGACGUUAUAGCCGUGAUGCCUACCGGAGGCGGAAAAAGCUUGACAUAUCAACUACCAGCACUCCUCUGCCCAGGAACGACAUUGGUCAUUUCUCCUUUGAUCUCUCUUAUCACGGACCAGAUACUGCACUUGCAUGAAGCCGGAAUCGAGGCUUGUAUGUUGACCGGGUCUGCCUCCAAAGAAGAACAAAGGAGUACUCUUCAGCGCAUGACACCGAAAGCUACCAAUGGUAGACGAAUAUCUGCCGUUGACGGCCAAGCCGACGGCGAGAUUAAGCUUGUUUACGUUACACCAGAGAAGAUCGCGAAGAGCAAGUCGUUUCUAUCCGUUCUUCAGAAGAUGGAGAAAGCCGGGACCCUGGCGCGAAUCGUCAUUGACGAAGCUCACUGUGUCUCACAACUCGGCCACGACUUUCGCCCGGACUAUCAAAAGCUUUCAAUUCUCCGGCAAUUAUUCCCCAACGUCCCAAUCCUCGCACUCAGUGCGACUUGUCCUCCCAACGUCCUAAAGGAUCUUCUCAAGGUACUGAAGAUGGAUGCUUGCGUUGACGGGAACAAUGCACCUGCUAAAGGAACCGUCUACUUCUCCAGUCCUUUGUAUCGUGAAAACCUUCAUUAUAAGGUCGUGCCAAAGCCAGCUUCCUCCGCCGCGGUGAUCGAGACUAUGUGCAAUUACAUCCUCGAAAACCACAAGGAUGAGACAGGAAUUGUUUAUUGUCUAAGCAAAAAGGACGCAGAAACCGUCGCAGCUGGCCUGGUCGAAACCUCGAACGGCAAAAUCAAAACUGGAGUCUAUCAUGCAGAUAUACCCGACGCUAGGAAGGAAGAACUACACCGACGUUGGAGGAAAGGCGAAGUUAAAGUCGUCUGUGCAACAAUUGCAUUUGGCCUUGGAAUCGACAAAGGAGAUGUGCGUUUCAUUCUUCAUCACUCAAUGUCCAAGUCGUUAGAUGGGUACUAUCAAGAGACCGGGAGGGCGGGUAGAGAUGGAAAAGACAGCGACUGCAUUCUUUAUACCAGAAACGCAGGCGAUUUCAGCAGAUUGUCGUCACUGGUUUGCGGAGAGAAGGAGGGACAAUCAAAGCUGCAUGACAUGCUGCGAUUUUCUCAAGACCUGACAGAAUGCCGAAAGAUCCAGUUCGCAAAAUACUUCUCCGCCUCAUCCUCACUUUCUGUGUCAGUCUGGAGCAAGGACGGGUCAGAAGACCUGACACGAUGUGGGCACUGCGAUAAUUGCGCUCGAAAACCAGACCAACUCGAUCACAACAAAGAUGUCACGCUCGAGACGUGGAAAAUACUAAAGGUGUCUGAGUUUAUCAAAGAAGAAGGUGGUCGGGCCACCCUCGGGAUCCUCGCUGAUUUAGUCAGGGGUGCAGCCGGAGGGUCAUUCGAAGCAAAUCCAUUGGGGGGCAAAGGAAGGGCCAAGGAGAAGAUUACCCUUGACCUGGACACGCUGUGUGGGGGAAAGAUUGAACUCCAUAAGGAGGAUGUUGAAAGCCUUCUCAUCAACCUUCUUCUAUUGGGAUACCUAGAAGAAGAGUACUACUCUACCGCCUACGCAAUCAAUGUCUAUCUCGUACCAGGACCGCAAGCACUCCGGCUCUCGCGUUUGAGUAUACAGGACUUACAGAGUAACACCGCCAUCAGUAUCAGAAUGACGUUUGAAAAGCGAGAGAAACGCAGGAAAAGCGCGGGAGGCGGCAAGGUCAAGCAGGCAAAGACGGCCGAGUUUGUUCCACCCACAAGGAACCGAACGACCUCUGCAUCGACGUCUAAGGGCAAAGGAAAGCCUAUCUCUGAUCUUCGAGUUGAUGAUGACGAUUCUGGAGAAUCAGAACCCAACAUGGCCAACUGGCGCGUGGGACGGCCAUUCCACGCUGCUGCACCCAUGCGGCCUCAGUACGGUACGAACAAUAAACAAAGUACCGAACCAGUGACGUCAAAAAGGAAACGUGUGGACAGCUCUGAUGAUGAGGGCAUGGAGCGUGGCUCGCUGGACAACUUCAUCCUGGACAAUGGCGAUGACCUCCAGUCUUACAUGGGGCCCGACACUAUUUCAAAGGGCUCUGCUCCAGUCAGUGACGUCGAGGAGGACGACGACGGGGAUUGGAAGAUUUCGUAUACACUUGCACCGAGCCGGACAACCUCGCGGCAAAAGGCACCGUCCAAACCAGCUAAGAAACGGUCCAAAGUCUCCUCGAGCGGUCACUCAGACAAUGUGAGUGUGAUAGAGUUGUCAGAUUGA